CCUGCUCCUUCUCCCCGCCGGCCAUCCGCCGCGCAGCACCCGCCGCACUCGCCGCUCGACUCCGCCGCACCUGCCGCAGCCGUCGCUGGUCCCGCACGCCUCGCCGCGCUUCACGCCUCGCCGCACUUCACGCUUCGCGCUUGACGCUCGGCGCUGACGCUCACGCUCGACGCUCACGCUUCACGCUUGACACCCGACGCUUGACGCCCGACGCUCACGCUCUCGCUUGACGCCUCGCGCUCCACGCUCGACGCAUCGCCGCAUCUCACGCUUCACCCCUCAAACUCCACCCAUCGCCCAUGCCCGUGCCCCUCUCGCCCGCGGCGGCGUACUUCGUGCCGAGCGUGCCGCUGCUGCCGCCGGCGUCGUCGAUCUACACGCCGCUGUUCCAGUCGGCCGGCUACCUGCCCGCGCGCGCGCCGGCGGCCGGCGGCGGCUCGACGCCCGCGGGCGAUGCGCACCUCUACUUUGUGCUGCAGCGGGCGCGGCACACGGCCGAGAAGCGGCGGCUGAUCAUCUGGUUCAAUGGCGGCCCCGGCUGCUCGUCGUUCGACGGCCUCAUGAUGGAGAUCGGCGCUUUCCGGCCGGACCGCAAGGGCGGCCUCGAGUGGACGACGCCGGGCGGCGCGUGGAACGAGUACGCCGAUGUGCUGUUCCUCGACCAGCCCGUGGGCACCGGCUUCUCGUACGCAUCGACGAGCGCCUACGCAAGCAACCUCGAGCAGGCCGGCGCAGAGGUCACGUACGCGAUGCAGCGCUUCAUCGAGAUCUUCCCCGAGUACGCGGCGGGCAACGGCGUCGACACGUACCUUGCGGGCGAGAGCUACGCUGGCCAGUACAUCCCGUUCACGGCGGCGAGCCUGGUCAAGGCCGCACAGCCGCCGCUCGACGUGCGCGGCAUCGUCAUGGGCAACCCGUUCAUCGACCCGCGCGCACAGGCAGGCUCCGAGAUCGAGAUGAUGGUCGAGGCGAAGCUGUGGGAGAAGGGCGGCAAGGAAUGGACAGAGGCCAACCGAGUCUACGAGGAGUGCCAGCACGACCUCAAGAAGGCAUCGAGCGACCCGCGCGAGGCCGGCGCCUGCGGCCGCAUCCUGCACAGCAUCAUCGACAUCACCAUCAAGACGACGCCAAAAGUGCAAGGCAAGGACAUGUGCAUCAACAUCUACGACGUCCGCCUGUCCGACACGUCGCCUGACUGCGGCAUGAACUGGCCGCCGACACUGCGGCCGACGUACGACUACCUGGCGCGCGCCGACGUGCGCAAGGCGCUGCACGUCAACGAGCAGGCCAAGCCCGAGGCGUGGAUCGAGUGCAACCACCGCGUCAGCUCGGCACUGCGCGACGAGCGCAACCCGCAGAGCUCCAAGAUCCACAUCCCCGAGCUCCUCGACCGCGGCGUCAAGGUGAUGCUCUUUGCCGGCGACCAGGACCUGAUCUGCAACCACAUCGGCGUCGAGCGCGUGCCGCGGAACCUGCACUGGUCGGGCGCCAGCUCGUGGGAGAGCAAUGCGGUCAAGAAAGAGUGGUUCGUCAACAACACCCUCGCCGGCUACUGGCGCGAGGCGGCGAACCUGACAUACGUGUCCGUCGCCGGCGCGUCGCACAUGGUCGGCUUCGACAAGCCGGUGCAGUCGCACGACAUGAUGCUGCGCUUCAUGGGCGUGGAUCUGCUCGGCGCCGCGGGCCCGAGCAGCCGCAUUCCGUCGCGGCUCGACGGCGAGCCGGACCACAUGCUCGUCGUGGGCGGCGGGGGCGGCGUGACCGACGACCGGCCCAUGAUCCCCGGCGUGGACGGCAAGUCGGAGGAGCAAGUCAAGCAGGAGGCCAAGUGGGCGGCGUACUACGACGCUGGCAGCGCGGCGCUCGUGAUCCUGCUGAUCCUCGUGGGUGCCGGCGCCUACAUCCUGCUGCGGCUGCGGCGCAAUGCGCGACGUGCCGGGAACAUGCUGGGCCGCGGCGCAGGUGGCCGAUCUGUCGCGCUGGACGUCGAGGGCGAUCACGAGCUGGAGCACCUCGUUGCCGAGGAGGAUGUCACGCCUCGCGGCCGCUACUCGGACGAGACGUUGCGUACCGGCGCAGAGGGCAAGGGCAAGGGGCGGGAGCAGGUGCGCGACGAUGAUGAGGUGUUCCAUGUCGGCAGCGGCGAUGAGGUGGAGAAGGAGAGGUAGACGUCACGAAACGCACGAACUUAUGAUAUUGCC